UGUCUCCCCUUCCCUCUUUGUCCAUUAAGCAAUCAAUUCCAGAUCAUGCAUGUUAAAGAAAGAGCAAAACUUCAUUCGACAACUCUUAAUAACGCAGUGAAGCUCAGGACAGAAGUGGGACACCUGGCCUAAUGGAGACUAAGAAAUAUGUGACUGCCCUUUAAAAAUGUUUUACUGAGCAGACAUCUGUCUUCAGGCUCCUUCUACACCAUGCCUCUCCCCAACAGGCCAUGUGUUUUUGCUGCUGCCCAGCACCUUGUGAAUGAUGGUGAUGACAUCUAAAGUUCUGGUGGCCUUAUACAUGCUCUUCUGGAAGAUCUACCAUGUCCUUCUUUCUCAUCAUUGUUCAAACACAGGGCCAGGUUCUAUAAUGUGCUAUGGGCAUGUCUGGACAGAACCGGCUUCCCUCAUUCCAUUGGGCCAGAAUAUUUCCAUAAACUGCCAUUCCGAUAAGAAAUUCUGUCGGAAUGCCAAACUGUAUUUAGUCCUAAAUGACAAUCGUGUUCAGGACAAAUUGUUGAAAGUCAUAAACAAAACAACAAUCCAGCUUCAGCUUUUUGAUUAUAAAACUCCGUUUUCCACGGUGCUGUGUAAUGUUGAAUGUUCUCAAGAAGAUAAGAUUGUUUGUGGAACACAAUUUUGCAUGGGCUCUCCACCUGACCGGCCAGCCAAUGUAACCUGUGUCAUACAUGAGCAUUUGGAUAAUAUGACAUGUACUUGGUAUCCAGGCAAGGACACAUAUUUAAACACUAACUACAAACUGUAUUUGAAGAGCUUACAGACAGAUGAAAAAAAUAUGUUUUCUGCAAAUAAUGUCUCAGCUAUCAUCCCUCUGAGUCAACUACAGAAAAACCAAAGAUUUUCUGUUUUGGUCUGUGCGGAAAAUGAACUGGGUACAGUCUAUUCGGAUGAACUACACAUUGACCUCAACAAUAUAGUGAUCCCAGCUACCCCUCUUAUGAUCCAGAAUACAACUGUAUACUCUCCGGUAUUUAAGACAAUAAUAGAGUGGCAAAAGCAAACGGCAAUCAAUGAGACUUAUUGUGAAGAGAGAUACAAGGAGACAACAAGCAAAACAUGGCAGGUCAGAGAAUGGAAUGCUGGUUCAAAAACAGAGCAUUACACAGAGUACAACUUGGAGGCAAACACAAUGUAUGAAUUUCAAGUGAGAUGCAAAUUAACUCACAGCAAAAGUUUCUGGAGCAAUUGGACUGAAUCUGUGGUGUAUGUGACCCCUGAGGCAGCACCCGCCUCAGCACUUGAUGUAUGGAGAUAUUUAGGCCCAUCUCAUCAAAAUGGUAGCCAAGAGGUGACUAUCUUGAUUAAGCCAUUCAUUCCAAAACAGAGCAGAGGAAGGAUUCUGGGUUACAGAGUGUACUGUGAAAAACAAGGGGAAAUUGUGGAUUUAUGUCAAACAACAGAAAUAAAAUGCAAAGUUUUGGUGCCCCCAGAGGUGACCAGUAUCUAUGUGACAGCACACAAUUCAAAAGGAAGUUCAAGCCCUGCAAAUAUUACAGUGAAGCAACAGCUCCUUAAUUACCACGAUUUUCCACCUCCUACAAAUUUGCAAAUAAUCCAUGAGGAACAAAAAGGAGUUUCUGUGAAAUGGGUACCUCCCAAAUCCACUGGAAAAGCACUUUUGUGGUACAUAGUGGAAUGGACUUCUCAUCAUGGCAUUGGGUGGGAAAAGGUGCCCAAACAGAGAACAAGCAUUUUUAUUGGAAAACACAUUAGCAUGAAAAGGAACAGCAACAUUUCAGUGUAUGCUGUGUAUCAAGAUGGCACCAGCAAGGCCUCCUCUAUUCCACUAUUGGAGGAAAAUGACCAGGAUGGAGUUGCUGAUAAGGAUCCAAAAAUCCCCUCUGCAGCUACCAGCCAUAGGAAGGAUGAUGGUGAUUAUGAUGUUGGUGUUCUGUGGGGAAUUGUGUUUGGAGUGGCCAGCAUCUCUCUCCUAGUUUUGGCUUUGAUUACUAAGAAAUUCUGCAGAAAAAGGGUUUCCAUAGUGUUGAAUUCAAUAACUCCUAAAUGGCUUUCUGAAGAUUACCCUAAACUGCAGAACAGCAGCGUGAUCAAAUCCCUUCAGGAAGAAAGAGAUCCAAUAAUUCAUUCUUCCACUGGGCUAUUCUCAGUUUAUGAGGAUGCUGUAAUAACUGAAGUGGAGGAAAUUCAGGUUCACAAGGGGCAAACGUCCUUGGAUGAUAAAAAGAGAAUCCGGGAAGCUGUUUCAGAGAAGAUUAACACUGCAGACGAUAUAAAGUUUAUCAGCAAUUCGGACAUGGUAGAGUCAAAUGGCUAUAAACCUCAAGUUUCCCACAAGACAUUGUUGGGAAAUGUAUUCAGUAAUACUUACAAAACACAUUCUCAAAACCUGGACACAAAAUUGAAUUCUCCAACUUUGCCUAUAAAUAGUUUAACAAAAGGUUGCACAAGCCCUCUGGCCACCAUAUGGCCUGCUGUUUACACAGACGAGGAAAUAUUUUUAUUUGAAAAAAUCAACCUUGUCUUGAACAACAGUAGAAGUGGACAGAGCAAUAUUAGCUCAACAGAAGAAGAACCAGAUCCACUUGUGGCUAACCAGUGGACAUUCCUGCUUUCAGAGAACAACAUUCAAGAACAGACCUUAAUACCAGAUGACCUGCUCUCUUGCUUAAAGGCUGCAAAUGAAGAUCCUACAGAUGUGAUGUCAUAUUUUCCUCAAAAUAUGGCAAAGUGAUUUUUUUUUAUGCCUAUAGCAGUGGGUCCAAUCCUUUGAUUCCCAGACGUUCUUGGAACUACAACUCCCAGAAGCGUUUACCGCUAGCUGUGCUGGCCAGGAUUUACUGGGAGUUGUAGUCCAAGAACUUCUGAGGACACAAGGUUGGGAACCACUGAUCUAUAGGAUAAAAUAAUUUAUGUUGUUUUACAACCAUGAUACAACACUGUUUUUCACUUUAAAGCAAAACAACUUAAAGUUUCCUCAACAUUUUCAUUUCAUUUUCUUGAUUUAAAUCAAAAGAUGGAUGUAGCUGCAACCCAUCAUCUUUCAAGCUGCAUCAUUAUAAUAUUAUCAGCUUUUUAUACUGACUUUGAGGAGAAGGAGGAAAUAAGGAGGCCACACAAAUAAUGUUCCUUUAAAAGGCAAAAUAUUUCAUUACAUGAACCCAUUAUAGAUCAAGGCUGCUCCAAGAUAUUUUGCUGCCUGAAGGAAAGAACAUGAUGGCACCCUUCUCGGGCCACGUGCAAAAGCCAGCUUCAAAACUGGAAAUUGGAGAGCAUCCGGCACUACACCUGGCCUGAAACCAGCAAGAUAGCUGGAUUCCUCCAUCAUUGGACCCUAUGAAGGGGGUCAUGUGACACAGGCUGUUUUCUGCACUGAGUGAUUCAGAGGGAGGCUAACCUGCAUUUUACAAACCUGAGAUGUGACCAGACUUAAAAUGCGGUAUAGAGUUGUGGCUGCCAAUCUCCAUGGCCCUGAAAGCAACAAUACUGGAGGAUUGCAAAAGGUGCAGAAUGGGAUAUUCAAAAUGAUCAGAACACUGCAAUAGCCUCACCACCACCACCAUCCCCGGAGAAAAGAAUUAUAACACCAUAGCACUACUUGACCGGUAGCUCCAUGGAAGAAUGUACAUUUUGCACCCUAGGAGCCUAGGCGUUUCCAGAUAGACCAAAGAGAGGGCUCCUGACUGGAACUCUUUCAGGCAUGGGUUGGCCACCUCUUAUAUUUCAAUUUUAUAUUUCAGAACCUUCUGGGGUGCACCAGCCCCCAAAACGAUCAAAAAUUAUUAAAUGUUAAAAGUUAAUGUUGUUGGAAGUCCAUUUCUGGUUUCAUCUUAGUGGAUUUCUUUUGGGAAGACAGGACUGGGAAUCCUGUGGCUCACUUUGUUCCAAAAUCACCACUCCUGGUAGCUUGCAGGAGUGGAAAAUGACAUAUUUUGCAGAUUUAUUUUCUGUGUGGGGGUGGCGAAUCUAGGAGCUGCAAAACUGGCCUUGGGGAGGUCACACCCUGCAGUGCCACUGUUCCCAUCCGACCCCAGAACUACUUCCGGUCAGUGCUGACAAUACUAGAUGCUAUGGAAGAAUGCUUGGAAUGAUUAUAAGACACCUUCCUGUGUUCCUCUUUAGUUUAGAAAAAGAUGAGAGGAGAGAUAAGUUAGAGCAGUGGCGGGAAACCUUUUUGGGCUUGUGUGCCCAAAUUGGGGGGGGAGAACCCCAGUGGGUAGUGUGCCACAGCGGCAGCGGAACUGGAAGUGGCAGCAGA